AGUCUCAUCUAGUCUCAGUCUCGGUCACAGUUAAGCGAAUAAAACGAUCAUGCUUGGAUUCAUUAUUAUCGCUCUCUGUGGUCACUUUGUUUUUAGUGAUAUGACAAGUAAAACCCCUGCUAUCACUACAAUAAAACAUACAACGAUUAAAGCUGAAAUUACAGGAAGCCAUAGUUCUGUUCAUACCACUAAAGGUACUACAUUGGCCAAAACUACCCAACAUGCCAUUUCAACUGAAAAGCCUACAACAAAACAACCCACAGGGGACACGACUAACAAGGAAUCAACUAAACAAACUACCAAAGGUGUGAAUAUAACAACAAUGGCACAAACAACUAAGAAAUCUACUUUGAAACCACCUAUAACUACAGUGGGUCCCACUCAUAAAUUAAACGUUACAACAGCUCCAACAAAUACCACGCAGGAAGAGCCAAAAAAUAAAGGUGGAAGUACUGGAGUAGCACUUGGGUUUCUAUUCGGAAUAAUUGGUAUUUUAGUUAUUGCCGCAGCAUUUGUUAUCAUUAGCAGAUUAAGAAAGUAA